AUGUGCGGUAUCUUUGCCUAUGUCAACCACCUCGUGGAGAAGGACCGCCGCCAGGUGAUCGACAUCCUGGUCAACGGUCUGGCCCGACUCGAGUACCGAGGAUACGACAGUGCCGGUCUCGCGGUCGAUGGUGACAACGAGUCCGACACGCUCAUCUUCAAGCAGGUCGGCAAGGUCGCCGCCCUGCGCAAGCACAUUGACGAGGCGCCCGUAGACUUCAACAAGACCUUUAUCUCGCAGAUGGGCAUGGCCCACACGCGGUGGGCCACCCACGGCCAGCCGACGCCCAUCAACUGCCACCCGCACCGCUCCGACGUCAAGAACGAGUUCACCGUCGUCCACAACGGCAUCAUCACCAACUACCGCGAGCUCAAGCUGGUUCUCGAGAAGCGCGGCUUCCAGUUCGAGACCGAGACCGACACCGAGGCGGUGGCCAAGCUUUGCAAGUACCUCUACGACUCGGCCACCAGCCGCAAGCCCGACUUUACCUCGCUCGUCAAGAGCGUCGUCAAGGAGCUCGAGGGCGCCUUCUCGUUUGUCUUCAAGUCGGUCCACUUCCCCGGCGAGGUCGUCGUGGCGAGGCGCGGCUCGCCCCUGCUGAUCGGCGUCAAGACCGAGAAGAAGCUCAAGGUCGACUUUGUCGACGUCGAGCUCGGCGGCGCCGUCGACAGCUCCGGCUUCGGCGAUGCCGGCCUCCUCGCUCCCCCCGGCGGCAAGAACCCCUCGGGCCCCGGCUCGCUCAGCGUGCCCAACGCCAACAACAAGCUGCUCCGCUCCCAGUCGCGCGCCUUCCUCUCCGAGGACGGCCUGCCGCAGCCGAUUGAGUACUUUGUCGCCUCGGACGCCAGCGCCAUCAUCGAGCACACCAAGCGCGUCCUCUACCUCGAGGACGACGACAUCGCCCACAUCGCCGAGGGCGAGCUGCACAUCCACCGCCUGCGCAGGAACGACGGCCUGUCGUCGAUGCGCUCCAUCGAGACGCUCGAGAUGGAGCUGGCCGAGAUCAUGAAGGGCCAGUUUGACCACUUUAUGCAGAAGGAGAUCUACGAGCAGCCCGAGUCGGUCGUCAACACGAUGCGCGGCCGCGUCGACUUUGACUCGCGCAAGGUGACGCUCGGCGGCCUGUCGGCGUUCCUCAACACGAUCCGCCGCUGCCGCCGCAUCGUGUUCGUCGCCUGCGGCACCUCGUACCACUCGUGCCUGGCGACGCGCGCCAUUUUCGAGGAGCUGACCGAGAUCCCCGUCUCGAUUGAGCUGGCCUCGGACUUCCUCGACCGCAAGACGCCCAUCUUCCGCGACGACGUCUGCGUCUUUGUGUCGCAGUCGGGCGAGACGGCCGACACGAUCCUGGCGAUGCGCUACUGCCUCGAGCGCGGCGCCCUCUGCGUCGGCGUCGUCAACACGGUCGGCUCCACCAUCUCGCGCGAGACCCACUGCGGUGUCCACAUCAACGCCGGCCCCGAGAUUGGCGUCGCCUCGACCAAGGCCUACACGUCGCAGUACAUUGCGCUCAUCACGAUGGCCGUCCAGCUGUCCGAGGACCGCAUCUCGAUGACGGAGCGCCGCAACGCCAUCAUUGACGGCCUCCACGCGCUGCCCGAGCAGAUCCGCUCCAUCCUCGAGCAGGACAAGGCGCUCCAGGCGCUUGCCCACUCGACGCUGGCCAAGGAGAAGUCGCUGCUGAUCAUGGGCCGCGGCUACCAGCACGCCACGUGCCUCGAGGGCGCGCUCAAGAUCAAGGAGGUGUGCUACAUGCACUCGGAGGGCAUCCUGGCCGGCGAGCUCAAGCACGGCCCGCUGGCGCUCAUUGACGAGUCGAUGCCCGUCAUCCUCAUCAUGACCAAGGACUCGCUCUACCCCAAGGUGCAGACGGCGCUGAUGCAGGUCACGGCGCGCAAGGGCCAGCCCAUCAUCAUCUGCAACGACGACGACCAGGACAUCCAGCCCGGCUCGCGCACCAUCCGCGUCCCGCGCACCGUCGACUGCCUCCAGGGCCUCCUCACCGUCAUCCCGCUCCAGCUCCUCUCGUACCACCUCGCCACGGCCGCCGGCGUUGACGUCGACUUCCCACGGAACCUGGCAAAGAGCGUCACGGUCGAGUAA